AAGGGUACAGCCAGUGGUACAGCCACAGGCGGGUUGUUUGUAUCGUAGCAUGUAACGUUCGCACUGCUAGAACACGAACGCAAAUAGUUGAUAGCUGUUCAAGAGGAGUGACAUCUGUGCGGAACAGAUGGCCAGCAGUUCAGAACCAGUUGGUAAACCCACACCAGAGGAGCGAAAGAAACAGGUGACAGCCUGGCUUCAAGAAAUACUCGAACAAGACCCGGAAAAAAUACUCGAAGAAGACGUGGAAGAUGAUAUCGAUGUCUUGUUCAAGUUGAUGAAACACCAAGUCGCUGCAGAAAAACAGGCGCAGGAACAAAUCAAAGUUCUGAAAGAACGAGCCAAGUUCUUCAAGCAAAAUGCUCAAAAACUCGAAGCAGGUCUUCGAGUUGGGAAAAUUGCACCAGGACAACUACCUCAACAAGCACGCGAGAUUCUUAAGUCACACGCACGUGCAGCAAUUCUUCUGGGAGUUGAAGACUCGCGACCGGAAAGCUUUAAAAAAAAGUUUGAAGACCUUUUCCGACAACGUGAAGAAUUGGAGGCCAGGCUGUCACAGGAGCAAGCCCUCUUCAAAGACCUGGAACAGCUUCGGAAGAGAGUGGGCCAGCACUUGAUGGAUGCAACCGUCACGGACAAGCAUAUGACAGCUGCUGAAGAAGAAUACAGGUUCAAGAAGUGGCAAAGAUUUGUGAGCAAGUACAAUCUUGCAGUACGGAAGGCGGAGGAGAACCGAAGCAAGAGACAGAAAUUGGAGGAGUUAGCUGAAACUCUUUCACUUGUCAAGAAACUCCACCGCCUUGAGCUACGGGAGAAAGAACUGGACAGGAAGCUGCCCGCCGCUGACCUGCCACUUGAUAAGAAUGCCCUCGGGAAGCUUGUCGAGCAAAAGAGAGCAGGGGUUCAAAAGUCUGAGGCGGCCCUGACGGACGAAUUGAUCAGACAAAGAAAUCUACCAUUACCAGAAGAUUAGUACACAAACCUGUAUAUUACAAGAUCGCGAGCAGCGCAUUGCAGUUGUCCAGGAGCAUCGAGUUCGGGACAGAUGCCCGUUUUGUAAAACUAUCACAAAUGCUUGAUUAAAAUUUCCAUUUUGUGUUGCAGUGAGAUA